AUGAUUUCAUAUAGUUAAUAAACAGGAUUAGGAAAUUUAGGAAACACUUGUUUUAUGAAUAGUGCCAUUUAAAUCUUAUGCAAUACUCCAGGUUUUGCAGAUUACAUUUUAAAUGAUAUUUAUUAAUUUGAUAUAAACUUAAUAAAUCCAUUAGGAAGUAAAGGCGAGAUUAUUUCAAGUUUUGCUACUCUAAUCAAGGAUUUAAAAAGUAGAAAAUAUCCAUAUAUCAUUCCUAAUUCAUUUAAAAAAACAUUUUCUAAAUUUUAUAAUAUUGUAAAGAGUUAAUAAUUAUUAGCAGUAUUAUGGAAAUGAAUAACAUGAUGCAGCUGAAUUCUUAUUAUAUUUACUUGAUGCCAUAAAUGAAGAUGUAAAUUAAAUUAAAAAAAAACCAUAUGUGACUAUACCUUCAAGUAAAGGCAGGGAGGACUUAGUAGUAGCUAUAGAAUCUUGGGAUGUCCAUAGUCAAAGAAACUAAUCAAUAAUUACUUAAUUAUUCUAAGCAUAAUUUAAAAGCAAAAUUGAAUGUCCUAAUUGUAAAAAUAUGUCAAUAACGUAAAUUUAAAUUAUUAAUUAGAUUUGAUCCAUAUAUGAUGAUAUAAUUACCAUUAGCUACAAAGAAAAAUGAAAAAGGCAUAUUCUAUUAUUUAUUAGAUGAUAAAUAUAGAUAAAAGUAAAUGAUUCUUUCAGUCUAUAAAAAUUAUAAUUUUGAAUGGAUUUAAAAUGAAAUCAGGAACUAAUUAAGAACCUAAGAUUUAGUUUUCAAUUUAUCAAAUUAACAAAAGAAUAUUGAAAGUAUUUUAAUAAAUAAUUAAAUUAGUCAGACCAGAAGAUGAUAUUCAAUAUUUAAGACAAUAACUUUAAAAUUCUAAAUUACUUGUUAGACCUAUGAAUAUUUAAGAAAUAUAAAUACCCUAUAAUUAUAGAUGUCAUACACUCAUAACUCAUAUAAAUCAGGAACUAUUAAUUUUAACUGAUAUUAUAACUAUUGUUUUUGAUUUUAGAACAAAAAUAUUUGAAAUAUAUGAUUAUAUUGAGAAAAAUUACAAUCAAUAAUUUAAAUGUUAAUUUGAUCUAUAUUUGGAAUCAAAUUCGUAAUAAACAGAAUAAUAAUGCUACUUUUGUCAUAAAUAAUAUUGCAAGUAUUGUGAAUUAAAGAAAUGUUAACACAGUUUAAAAUAUUAUUAUAAUUUUAUUUCUUAACCAAAUUUUUAAUUGAAUAUAAUAGUUAAAUGGUAUGGAUAAGGUGUUCCAAUGAUUUUUAAUAUAGAUACAUCAAAUUUUAAAUAAUAAGAUAAUAACGAAUAAUUUUCUAUUAAUAAAUCUUCAUUAACAAUUUAUGACUGUUUAAACUUUUAAUAACAAUAAUAAUAAUUGGAUGAAAAUAAUUCAUGGUACUGUAAUCAAUGUGAUUAACAUGUCAAAGGAAUUAAAUAGCUAUUAUUAUAUUCUACACCUCAAAUACUAAUAUUUUAACUCAAAAGAUUUAAAUCAUCAGAUGAUGUUACUUAAAAAAUAAAAAACAACAUAUUUGUUAAAUUUCCAUUUAUACUUAAUAUGGUUAAAUAUGUUACAAAUUUAAAGGUAAUAUUAAAUUAAUAUAUUAGUUACCUAAUGACUAUCUAAAUGGUAAUGAUAUAAAUGAAUUAAAAUAUAAACUAUUUGGAGUCAUAAAUCAUUAUGGAGAACUUUAAGAAGGUCAUUAUAAUUCCUUUAUAAAAAAUUAAGAGGAUUAGAAAUGGUAUUGCUAUGAUGAUUCUCAAGUCACAGAAAUUUAAUUGCAAGAUAUUGUUACAGAGCAUGCUUAUGUAAUAUGUUAUGAAAGACAAAAUUGA